AUCACGUCCCAUUUAUGUUGGGGCUUGUUUGUGCCCCUUUGCCACGGUGUUCAACGCCUGCUUCGUCCCCAGUGUUCGUCGUUGGUGUUUCGCCGUAUUGAUACCCUUGCUUGAAUUUUACGCCCUAUACUAUAAAACGUUCCAAUCUCACAAGAAGCUACGACCAUUUACGACCCGACGCCUUACAAGGAACGCCACUCUCUUAGAGAAAACCGACUGGUUAGAAUCAAAAUUCCAAUAAAAUAGAAAUGACUUCCACAUCGCAACGUCUCAUUCUCCCGACAUGGAUGAGUUAUGCAACCGUCACCAUACCUCUGCAGACCGGCGGAUACUCGGUGUCUCUGACCAUUGUGCAGUUGCCAUUGACAUACUACGGUCCAUCGAUUCCGCUUCCAACCGAUGGAUCAUGGGUUUGGGGUGGUUAUUCAUCGCCCGCCCCAUCCGCGUCAUCACCGACCCCAACGAGCACAGAAGUGUCGAGCAGCGCCUCGUUCACCACGCCCACCCUUCCUACGACAACAGUGUCAUCCUUCACGUCUCCUUCGGUUUUAUCGUCGUCUUCUAUAUCUUCCGCCUUUUCUACAUUUCCUACAUCACUAACUACCUCAGAGUCAUCCACCUCAGAAGCCUCAUCACUGGCUUUGUCGUCGUCUGCUCCUCCCCCUUCCUCCACCAGCUCUGGUUCAUCACGUCCAAGCAGGUUUUCCGGGGGAAAGAUUGGCCUCAUUGCCGGUCUAGUUGGCGGGACUGUGAUUUUACUGGUGUUGGGAAUGUGCUGCUUUGUCUUCUGGCGGAGGCGAAGGGCCCGCCGUAUGAUUGCACGUUCAGCUGGGCUUGGUGAAGACGGCCAUGUGGGAGACGAAGAUUGGGAGUUUGUGACCAGCGCAACCCCGGAACAGGCUGGAGCUUCUCCCGAUGCGCACUUGUCACCUCGCAGCCCAUCGUUUCCAGUGCCAUCAUCACCUUUCGCAAGGGAUUCCAUCGCACAAUCAGUUGAAAGUGCCACAAUUGGUGUCGUUACCGGGACAGCACGACGCGCGGUACCUACGGUGACUUCCACUAGUCGUGACAGCCAUAGCACAGAUUAUGGGGAAGAGCUGCCUUUCUCCGUUGAAGCACGAUCAGGCGAACGCUCAAUGUAUCAGACCUUAGCUUUGGAAGACGUGGGCGACCUCCCAGCACACCCUCCGUCGCCCCCAAUAUCGACAAGCCCCACUAGUCCCGUAUUCGGCCAUGAUCGUGCUGCCGAGCGCGAGACUCUUCUCGAUAACGGACGGAAUAGCAACUCAGAAAACAAUGGAUUGUACAGCACACGCUCUUUUCGUGCAUUGGUGGGCGUUUUGGAGAGCUACUUCCAAGGUCGCAAUUCGGGUUGGUUGUCGACCCUCAGCCAACGUUUUUCCACUAGACCACCAUCGGAAAGAGGGUCGAAUGGGAGUUCUCGGAAGUCAGCCAAAUCGUAUUCUAUCCCUCUUUCUGAUCAUCCCUCGCAAACAAGUGAGAAGAGUCAGUAUGUCCCCGUCGCGCCUGAGAACGUACCGACGCACGAUAGCACCGACGAAAGCCCCCCUACUCCGAUGUCAGAGGCGUUCCCAAGCCCCCCCGAUACUCAUGGACACGUACAUGCUUUCUUCCGUAUGCGGCAAUCUAGAAUGGGAUCUCCUGCCAGUUCACCUUACACCGGACACUCGGCGGCUGAUCGACCCAUCUCUGGCUACUCUGUAGGGGGGUCUGCAGCAUCGGGUCAAACAAUUUUUCAUGACGCAUUCGAGGAGCCUAUCCCUACAACCCCGGAACCGCACACCCAACCCCAAGUGCUUGCACAAGAUAGCAAUAAUCAUCUUCUUGUGCCUCACUUGAAACCCAUACGUCCUUUAUCUCCAUUAUCCUCAAUACAGCUUCCAGGCUCAGGCUCAGGAUCAGCGAUACACCGUACAUACCCUCCGUCCCCUCAAAUACCAACACCUGAACGCGCUCCUUUAGACUUUGAUGUUCUCGAUGAACCUGCGCCUCUACCUUCUGUCGUUCUUCAGCCUCCACGGGAAGGCAGUGUGGCAUCUAUGAGCAGUCACUCCCAUUCAUUCUCUAGCUCGCCAUUGGGCUAUCAGAUGCCUCCUGGUCUGGAGGAUUAUAGUCGUCUGUUGCUUCUGAACCUUUCGCGAGACGGGGGCAACGGCCAUUCAAGUAAUUUGGUAAAUCUUGAAUCUGAGCCACCUGCCGCAGUAGGGGACUGGCAGAGGAUCACAUCUACGGGCAGCGUCCCAAGGCACAACCGAGGGGUGACAGUGGAACACAACGGGGCCAUAGGGCAUUUCCGCCGUGAAACCCUUGGUCAGGUAAGCUUGAAUCAGGAUCAACCUAUUAGUUUUUUUGACAGAAUUUUGCGUAGAUCGUGUUCCACGAAACCCAGAGCGCAGAAUCAGCCUCAGUAUACGACACGGAUGAUGCUAGCCCCCCCACCCGUGAUCAUUCGCGCUCGCGUAGUCACAGCAGCGGGGGGGAUCAUCCUUCUGUGCACCCUCCCUCUCAGUCAGUUCAAUCAUCCCUCUCCUCUCGGGUACCUGGAGUGUCCAUUCCACGCCCCAGCCUCUCUGCAUUCGGCUCAAGACCAUCAAGUGUGCAUGACAUGGAGUCGAACAGACAUCGACAUUGAGUCCUAUGUUCCUUCAGAGCCAAGGGCUUCAUCUGGGGAUGUUUUCGUUUUUGUUUCCUUUGAUCGCCAGUGGACAUUCUCGUCUUUAUUACGAUGUCUGUUAUCUUUAUUCUCAAGCCUGUAUGACCGUUUUGGAUGCUACCUUGCUUCCUUUUGUUGUGCUGGGCCUUAUGCACUGUUGUGACCCGAUUUUGACCUGACAGGAAAGACUUUCGGAUGUUUGGGAUAUUGAUCUAAGUAGAUGAUUGGCAUGCUUCUAUCAAUGCAUAUGUUGAAUUGGAUUAUGGCAGUGACAUAUUACAGGAGACAUACAUGAUGCAACUGUUGCAUGG